GUGUGAAGUUGGAGGACUACAUCUGUUCACUUCCGGUUUACCGCAUUCUCGUCGCGUGACGUCAUACGGCAUCCGGGCACUUGUAAUGGCGACCCUGUUUGUGAGCGGAAGAGAGCUAGCGAGUGGGAGCGCCUUCCCCGUCGUACACCGAGACCAUGUGUUGUGAGUGUGCAGCUGUGCCAGAUAAAGCAGAGAGCUGGAGAUAGGAGAGCACCACACCACAGGCAACCCUACAAACCGUUCUGACCACUGAGCCACCAAGCUGGAACAGAACGGCCGCACCUCACCACAAUUCUGGAGUUGGAUCCAAGCAACUCGACUCCCCAGGGGGGUGGGGAGGGUAAUAUGGCCCCCUCGGCGAUGGGGACAGAUAUGGAGGUCUGCGGGACAGACGGGGACCUGAAACUGGAGGGUGCGAUGGGGGAUGUGGCCAUGGAGGCAGAACCACAGUCAACACUUAGCAGCGAGUCUAUACUGGAAGCCAAAAACAAAAACACUGAAGCUCUUCUGCAGUACCCUGAUAUUGAUGAGGAUAUGGACAUGAUGACUGAGACUAAAUAUGCGCAGAAAUGGAGAGUUAUCAUGACCGCUAAAGCACUGGAGAGAAAGCUGUUGUCACGGCGACCAAGAGAUGUUCUUGUCAACCAGGGCAUCAUGCCUCCCCUCAAGUCACCUAUUGCCUUCCAUGAACAGAUGAAGAGCUUGGAAAGAGCUAAGACGGGAGACCUGCUCCAGCGGAAGAUCCGGCUGAGACCAGACAGGCAGGAGCUGAUCCAGCAGCACAUCUUGCAGGGUGAGUGGAACAUGUCACUAAUCUCUUGCCCCCCUCCCCACAAAGGUUGUGUACUGCAGAACCAUGAGGAGGGAGGGCAGCAAAACCAUGACUUGUGGUUCGAAGAAGAUCUGGAGUACAAGAAGCCUGAGUUGUUGGAUGAGGACAGCGGAGACAGCAUGUCCCCUCCCCAGCUGGACCAGCCCAUGUCCCAGCAGUCCCAGUCCUCGCAGGGGUCCGUCGGGGUGCCCUCGCCUCCCGACACCGCCCCCAUCCUCUACAAGAUGAACGAGUCGUCCUCCCCAACGGCGCAGACCGUCAUCUCGUACAAACCCGACCAGAUGCCCACGGCGACGUCGGCGGUCAUGGCGACCUACCCCCUGCCGACCACGGGGGACGGGCUGAUGGUGAAUGUCACGUCUCCCCUGAGUGGGGCCACUAUGAAAACUAGCACCUCCACCACUCAGGCGAUAGGCAAGGGUGGUAAGCAGGUGUCUGCAUCUCCACGUCCUUCCAAGAAGAAGCAGAAGGAGAAGCCGCCCAAGCCCAAGAAGCUGAAGUAUCACCAGUACAUUCCCCCCAACCAGAAGAACGCCCAGCCGUCCCCGCAGCCGGCCAUGGACACGCGCUACCAGAUCCUCCUGCAGCAGCAGCAGCUCUUCCUCCAGCUGCAGGAUCAGCACUUUUGGGCUGAGCACCAACAAACCCAGGAUGCUGAGGACAGUAACCCUUCCCAGCCACUGGAAUUUCAUUUUGUGAUGAGUCAGUAUGGACAGCAGUACCAGCCCAUCCAGCCAGCACCUGCCAAAACUAGUGAGAAACUGCCGACCAGCACAACAGUCACCACAACACAGGCCAGCAACACCAGCACAACUACUACUACUGGGAAGAAGGGGGGAUUGUCAAACCUGGAGGACAUGAAGGUGGCAGAACUGAAAGAAGAGGCAAGAGCCAGGGGUCUGCCUGUAUCAGGCACCAAGAACCAGUUGAUGGAGAGACUCAAACCGUACGCUGACAUCACAACUGCACCUGUAACCAUGGGGCAGACCCUGACAACCACCACAGCCGGGGAGCCUGCCAGUGUAAACCUGUCACUGCCAACCAUCCAGCCUCUCCAACCUGCCCAGAGUAUUACUGAGGAGUCCAGCUCUAUGCUCAGCACCUCCAUAAACUCUACAAUGGGACUCCCCAGUAGUGUCAGCGAUGACAGUAGUCAGAGUACCAUGACUGUCAUCGCCACAUCCGGUACCAUAGACACCAUGGCUCAACAGCCGACAUCAUUCCAUGGUCUCAUUCCUCAAGGGCAGCAGGGGCAGGAAAACCCCGGGGCACAGGGGCAGGCAGCUCCAGGACUGUCUAGACCAAAUUCUACUGCCCCCAUGGACAUAGACAUGAACAGCAACAGCCAGUUUGAGCUGGACAUUGACAUGAUGGACCUGCUGGACGCCUCCCCACAGUCGCAGGAGGACAUCGUCAAGCAGCAGCAGAAAACCAUCGAGGACCUGCAGAGGAAGCUGGAGAUGUCCCAGAGAAUAAUCCAGCAGCACCAGCAACUCACCUUCCAGCCAACUCAUUUCCAAUUCCCCCCUGUGUCCCAGCAGGAGGGGGACAGCAUUCCACCACCCCCUCCGCCGCCCCCUCCCAACCUCAUGCCGCACGCCCCGCAGAACUUCAACCCUGUCCAGGCCCAGAUCAACCAGCAGCAGGACCAGCAGAAGCUGGCCAUGAUCCAGUACCAGCAGGAGCGCCAGCAGCAGAAGCAGCAGAUCCACGCGCAGCUGCAGCAGAAGAUCCGGCAGCACCAGGAGCAACUGCAGCAGCUGCAGCACCUGCAGCAGCAGCAGGGCCAGACUGUGGCUCAGAUUCAGCAGCAGCAGCAGCAGCAACAACAACUGCAGCAACAACAGCAGCAACUGCAACAACAUCAACAACAACAACAGCAGCAACAGCAGCAACAGCAGCAGCAGCAGCCAUCACCACAGCAGCAACAGCAGCAGCAGCAACAACAGCAGCAGCAGCAGUUCUCAAACCAGUUCCUUAACCGUAACCAGUUCCUUCAGGCCCAGCCACCUCAGAGCCAGGCCCAGCCCCAAGCCCAUCAGUUCCAACCCCCGCCCCCACCCCAGGACAUCAAACCCAACCUGGUCGCCUUCUUCCAGCAGCCACAACAACAGGCUGGCCAUAUGCAGUCCUUCCCCAGUGCACCGCCCAACAUGCAGCCAUUCCGCUUCACAGCGCCAAACCCUGCUGCCACGUCAGAGAGCACAAAGUCAAUGUCAACACCAAGCUCACCUGUGGAGGCAAAGCCACAGUUUACCUUCAUGCAUCGGUCACCAACCAACCCUUUGUUAGACCAGAUGGCACCUCCUCCCAACUACCAGGAGGCCCUGAGACAGAGAGUCCAAAACUUCAGUGUGUCCUCAACACAGCCCUCUACUGUGUCUGGGACCCAGACUACUAUCUCCCAAACCAUGAGAUCUCAGCAGAUGGACGAUUUACUGGAGAUCCUUAUUGAACAUGGAGAUUUGCCUCCUAGUGCAGCCCUCGAGCCUCCUCCAACACCAAAAGACCAACCUGGGAGUUCAACACACAACACAGUUAAUCCCCCUAACACUGUGGCCCCACCCCCCAACAAAGUGGCCCCUCCCCCCUCAAGUACGCCCUCCCCCCACAACAGUCCUGCCCCUGCUAGCUCGAUAGCUCCUCCCCACAGUACCGGCACCCCAUCCCCGGCCACAUCCCCCUCCCACCAGCCUUCCAUCAACAGAAUUCCCCCACCCCCUCUCAACAUACCUCACACCAACUUCGGCCAACAGAACCACCUGCCCGAGAUCAACGUCAUCCCCGACAACAACAACCACUACAUGCGGUCCAUCUCCGAGCCGGCUGGCAGCCACCCUGUCCCCGAGCUGCCCCAGGACAAGAACUUUGACCAACAGAUGAGCCAGAUGGACACCAGCACCGGCUCCGACCCCAACCUGUCCAUGGGCACGCCCCCCACCAGCGGGAUCAACUUCGAAGGGGACGACUUGAACUGGUUGGACCUGAUGCUUCCCUCCACGGGCCUUACACCACUCAGUGCCAACCCUCCCUCCAGCUUCCCUAUGGACCUGUUUGAAUCGGGUGACCUGAACACCCCAACGUUAGAGCAUCUGGAAGGAAGCGGCUUGAGAAUGUAGCACAUGAUGCGGCACCACCCAUUUCACAGUGUCCUCAAAAGCCACUGUCCGUCACUUGUACAGUAAGAGGGAUAACGUAUGUAACUGUGGAUUUUCAGGAAUUUGCCCAGUGAAUUCAGUGCGAAUGCCAAACGACACGGAAAGAGUAACUUUUGUACGAAGUAUUUGUAGAUAAAGUGUUGGCAGUAAAUGUUGAGGGAAGUCUCCUCAUUGAACGGACAGUGGCUUUCGAUGCUCUGUAUCUUGGUGGAUCUGUAGAAACUGGAGGUUGUUGAUAAUUUGAACUACAUGUACUGGUAGGGGUAGGUGACUGUAAGAUGGAACAGACUCUGAACAAAACUGUAAAUACUUCUAAGUGAAAAUAUCUUUUUUGCUACGAGAAGCUCUCGUACUUAUUUUUGCUAUGAUGGUCCAGUACAUUGGUGUGUAUGAUAUAGCUUUAGCCUAGGCUACCCCAGUGGCCUUCAUCCCUACUGUGAUGUUGGUGUUAGAUGUCAGCUUCUGUUUCAGCAUGUAGAGGUUUCUCUGGUGAUUGUAUCACCACACUGUGUUAUCCAAAAGGUUUGUAUCCACAACUAUAUCUAGCAUAUUUGUCAAGCCUAUUUGCAAUUGUGGAGCUUUGCAAAGGAAAGCCUAUAGUACCAGACUCCCUGUGCUUCCAUGGUAGGCAGCCUUCUAGUAUGUUGGGAUUUGAAUCUGGGUUCUCUGAUACACUUCUUAAAGACAUAACUCUAGUAGUCGGUUUGCAAUGCAAAUGCUGAAGACAUUUUUUGUAUUGACACUUGACAGGCUGAGCAUGUAAAAAGUCGUAACAAUAGGCAUUGUUUUGUUUUUUUGUGCAUUGGCCUUGAGACCAACAUGAACCUGUAUGAUUCCAUAGCUUGGUGCUAGUCUGUGUCGUUGGUUUGAAUAUUUGUGCUGGUGUGACGUAACACAGACUUGGUGCCAAGACACAAACCCUCCCGUUUGCUGGCAAACCUUGGGGUCAAGGGUGAAAGGUUAUGUAUGACUACCAUUGUCAGAACAGUGAUAGAAAAACACUUGAGGGAGAAUCACAUGUAUUUGUUGCAGGACUUUUUUAUUUCUUCUGUCAGUCUCUUUCCUUUUAGCAGAUGUCUAGCUUUAGCAAAAUGUGAUCACAGUAAACCAUGACUGAACCGAUGUAGGUACAGACAAGAAGAGAAGACAGCUUUUGUAUGUAAGCAGAAUUUUACAUUUUAAUGAACAUUCCAUUCUGCAGACAUUAUUCUUUGUUUCUGUAGAAAGUUAGAAUUUAUCCGUUUCUUUCUUAACAUAUGGAUCCUUUUUUGAUAAAAUGACAAAAGUUUCUUUCUCGGUAAGACUAGAAUGACAGCAGACAAUGGAAUGUGAGCAAUAGUUAAUAGAAGCAACCUUUCUGGUUGUAACACUCGAACUUGAAGCAAUAGCAGUUCCAAAAAACAUCUGUUCUAGGUUGUGAUGAAAUCCGUAUUAGAGACAUAAUGCUAUGCAACAGAAGGGAAAUAGAUAUGUACAGCCUGUUUACAACGGUCGCAUUAAAAAUGAUUCUUUGCCCAGGCAGAUGAUGGUAUGUGCACAGAGUAAGGUAGGAUGUUCACAGAACAGAUCUGAACGAAAUGAUUUCUCUUGAAUGUUGUGUAUGCUGUCAUUCAGUCCGAGAAAGUAAUCUGAGAGGAUUGUAGAUACAUUGUACAUCAUGCCCUCCUCCCUCUGAACCACCAUUGCAACUAGUAUAGCUGCCAUCUAACCUGCAAUGUCUCUCAGUACAAGAUAGAUGUGAGUUUUGAUAAUGACAAUCACGUCUUUAGAGGGAGGGUGCUGUCCAACACCAGGCACUUAACAGUGGGUUUGUACUUCUUAAGGAAUCUUGUGUAGCCAAUAUAAGAGUAGCAUUUGAUACAAAUGACUUGCGGUGACCUGCUGAAAGUGUUCCACUUUAAGGCUUCUGUUUGUAGUGUAGAGUUUGCUCAGGCUAAAGACUAUAUUCUAGCUCUCAUGAUGUGUUUCAGAGUGUGACACAUACUAGCCAUUUGUACUGGUCAACAAAAGGGACAAAAGAAAGUGUUUUUGAAUAGCUGUAUUAUGAAAUGUACUAUGUAAUACCAAUGUGAUUGGGCCAUAAAUUUCCAUUGAAGAAAAAAAAAUACUGUUACUGUUUAUGUAGGUUUUGUAAACUAUUCAUGUACAUAGAAAGGCUGUGCAUUAUUAGUGAGUUGAUAUCUAUGGAUUAUUGUUCUCUUGUAUUCAUAUUGUAAUAAAUGACACUUCAGUGGGCCAACAAAACUGAA